CCCCAAUGGAUAAAAUGCUAAACUAGGGGUACUGUGUUACGGUUAGGUAUUUGAAUUUUGGGCCGUACAAAAUCCCUAGGUCCAAGUCCCAGACCAAGACAAGUGCCGUUUGGUUCCAAAAGUUACCUGCUGUACCUUCAAUCCCCCCCUGGCGCUCGCCAAGUCUCCAGGUCACAGCGUCCCCAAGCCCCAGUGCAUCUGUGCCAUCACUUGGCUCUCUCGACGUUGAAAUUAUCGACAUCAUUCUGUCUCUGCAACGAUUUCUGGGGCUGGACCACCAUUCAGAGUGCUUUGCGCGGAUUCACCUUCUCGGCCCGUUCUUGUUUGUUUGACUCUUUGGCUGUCAAGUACAUAAUCUCAGUCCCAAUCCCAAUGCGCGAUUGAAGGGUCCUGGUGAUCGAUCUUCCUUCCCGCACCACCUGGAAUCCUGCCAAGUCAAGUCACCUAAGCUGCAGUAAGCACUACUCCAAUUUCGCCAUGGCAGCCAACGUCUACAACAACAGCCCGCCGGCAUCCAAGGCAUCCUCCCCCGUUGUCGAAUCCCACGACGAGAGCGAGAAGUACAAGAGCAGCUUUGAAGACCCGGACGGCGGCCGCAUAUCACAACACACCGCUGCCGGUGACCGAGACGGUCACGAAGAGGAAGGUCUGCUGGAGAAGGAUGCUGUACCGCAACAGGCUCAGCCACCUACCAAGGAGGGCAGCGGCAUGGGCAAAGCAGUCGUCUGGAUGGUCAUCAACACGCUGGCUACCAUUGGUAUAGUCUUCACCAACAAGGCCAUCUUCUCCGAUCCGUCCCUGAAGCUUGCCCAGCUGAGCUUUGCUUGCUUCCACUUCUUCAUCACCUGGUUGACUCUCUAUGUUCUUUCGCGACCCCAGCUCGGUUUCUUCCAGCCACGGAGGACCACCAUUCGCGAGAUCAUUCCUCUGUCCAUAUCCAUGUCUCUCAACGUCAUCCUGCCAAACCUGUCUCUGGCUUUCUCGAGUGUAACGUUCUACCAGGUCGCUCGGAUCCUGCUCACCCCUACUGUCGCCCUCAUGAACUAUGUCUUGUACAAGGCGACAAUGCCGAGAAACGCAAUUUUGGCUCUCAUUCCCGCCUGUCUUGGUGUGGGCAUGGUCUCGUACUACGACUCGCUUCCGUCCAACGAUGCCAGCGUCAAGACGACGUCUGGACUAGGUGUCGUCUUUGCCUUUGCUGGCAUUUUCGCUUCCUCUCUGUACACGGUCUGGAUCGCCAGCUACCACCGAAAGCUGCAAAUGUCAAGCAUGCAACUUCUGUUCAACCAAGCUCCUGUUUCAGCUUUCCUGUUGCUCUAUGUCAUCCCAUUUGUGGACACCUUCCCCGUCUGGUCUGAAGUGCCGAUUAACCGAUGGGUCAUGAUACUUAUGUCUGGAGUGUUUGCCUCCCUUAUCAACAUAUCUCAGUUCUUCAUUAUCGCCAAGACUGGGCCUGUCUCAAGCACAGUGGUUGGACAUUUGAAGACGUGCACUAUUGUUGCGCUCGGCUGGAUGACUUCCGGCCGAUCUGUGGGAGACAAAUCCGUUUUGGGUGUAUUUGUCGCUGUUGGAGGCAUCAUAGCAUAUUCAAUCGUAAUGAUCCAAGAAAAGAGGCGCAGUGGUGCUAAGGCUUAGCAGUACCUUCCCCUAAAGGCAUCAAUGGGAGUUACGGUGUUUUCAUAUGCAUCAUUUACAGGAGUCUUGUGGGACUGAAUAUACUUUAACAUUUGUAAGGAUCUUUUUGAGUUAAAAACGUAAUGAGUGUCUGUUUCAAAGGCAUGGCAUUGAAAUCAACCCGGUUAUCCUGAGCCUGUCAACCUUGUAUCAGGACGGUCAUUUGCUACUUCUAUGUUCUGGUAGUUACCGCCAUUGCGGUUUGAUAGUGUUGUCGGACAAUAACCAAAACAAAACAAAAAGUUCAAGAUA